AUGGCGAACGACACUAAAAACGUACAGAAAGCACCUCCAGCGGUUCUCCCGAUCCUCAUUUCAAACGACAGCGCCAACGCCGGGCCGUGUUGCUACCGGAGAAUUCACACCAUUGGAACUUUCUACGGCCGGUUCCCAGUCUACAAAGCCGCCGUCGUCUACCGGAAUCCACUCUUCUACGAGAAACAAACCCCCGAGGAGCUCUUCGUCGCCCUCAAAUGCGUGGAUAUGGCGGAGGCCGUCGCAACAACGGAGCUGGCAAAAGAAGCCCAAUUAAACGAAAUGGCGGGCCUCAAGAACAGACGCCUACUCGUAGUCGAGAAGCCAUUCCCUAUCAGCGGCCAUCUCUGCCUCGCCUGGCCGUACAUGGGAAUGGGCUCCAUCAGGUACAUAAUGGCGACCAAAUUCCCCGACGGGAUUCCGGAGAAAUUCAUUCCUGUAAUUCUGAAAGAAACCCUAAAAUGUCUGAUGAAUCUCCACGACCGGAAUAUCAGUCACCGGAAUAUCCAUGCCGGCAACAUUCUGAUGAACCACAACCCCGAGAUCAAGCUUCUAUUCGCAGCGACGAUCUACACUUCGACGGAAGAGCAGAUUCUCCAGUCCUCUUCAUCGUUCUUGCCGCCGGCCGCCAUCUCCGAAUGGGCAGCCCCGCCGGAGAUUUAUCCAAAGGCCAACAGGUAUUCCUAUGCGUGUGAUAUGUGGAUGGUUGGGAUUACGGCGCUGGAAUUAGCCUACGGAGGGCUUAAAGUGAGCAGCAGGGAAGAACUCAUGUCUUUGGUGAAGAAGUUCAAGAAAGACAGCAAGAAAUAUUUGGGGAUUGAGAAAUUGAAGAGAAGUUCCGAUCGGGAAUGUCUUUUCUCGCAAGACUUGCAGAAGAUCGUCGCCGGCUGCCUGAAACGGAACCCAAGAAAGAGGCUGAAAGCUAGCAAAAUCCUUGUCUCCGAUGUCUUCACGUUAAUGGAGUCGAAUGUUAAUGAGUUUUACACCCACGUCAUAAACGAGCCAGUAAAGGUAGAAGUAGUGUAA